UCAAUAGAUGUGACGCAUGCCCAAGAUGGCCGCCGAUUGCUUUAAAAUGGACUUGAACUUCAUGUCUAGCGUUUGCAUAGUGUUUGUGUUUGGUCCCUAACUCCUCUUCCUGUGUGUCCGUAGCCCAUGAUGAAGCAGUCCCCGUGGGGCUCCCAUCAGGGCGGCGGCUGGAACUCCGGCGGGAUGUCCUGGGGGCGGGACCAUCGGCGUGGAGGCGGCAUGGGCGUGCCAGGCUCCGUCAGCCAGAUCUCCCCCAUGAAGAAACCCUUCUCCAGUAACGUCAUCGCUCCGCCCAAGUUCCCCCGCUCCGCCAUGGGACCCAAAUCCUGGAUGGAAGAGAAUAUGUUCCGCACCGACAACAACAGCAACGCGCUGCUGCCCCCGCAGGAUCGGUCCAGGAUGUAUGACAGCUUGAACAUGCAUUCGUUGGAGAGCUCCCUGAUCGACAUCAUGAGGGCGGAGCAGGACCCUUUGAAGG